AUUAUUACUCUUCAAUAAUGAAAUUGUUAUUCACACAAAUAAAAAACAGUUUCAAAAAAUAAAAUACAUUUAUGAAUAAUAUUAAAACAAUUUGUUUUUUGAAGAUACGAAAAGUCUACCGCAAGGUUACUUGCAAAAAGAAGCCCGAAAACAAUAAACUGAAAGAUGGUUUGGAUGAUCUUAAACAAGAAUUGGAUAUGGAUGAGCACAAAAUACCGCUUGAAGAGUUGUAUGCUCGACUUAACACCGACCCUGAAAAUGGAUUGAAAUCUGAAGAAGUUAAAAUUCGAUUAGAACGUGAUGGACCUAACGCACUGACACCUCCAAAAACGACACCAGAAUGGGUGAAAUUUUGUAAGACACUGUUUGGUGGAUUUUCAAUGCUACUUUGGAUCGGUGCCAUUCUCUGCUUUAUUGCGUACGGUAUUCAGAGAAGUGCUGAAGAUGAAGAUGUAAAGGAUAAUUUAUAUCUUGGUAUUGUUUUACUCGCUGUUGUUGUUAUUACUGGAUGUUUUUCAUAUUAUCAAGAAUCAAAAUCAUCACGUAUUAUGGAUUCAUUUAAAAAUUUAGUUCCACAAACUGCACUUGUCAUACGAGAUGGUUUAAAAACUGAAGUACCAGCAGAAAGUAUAGUUGUUGGUGAUAUAGUUGAAGUGAAAUUUGGUGAUCGUAUUCCAGCUGACAUAAGAAUUAUUACUGCAAGUUCAUUUAAAGUAGAUAAUUCAGCAUUGACUGGUGAAUCAGAGCCCAAUCACGUACAACAGAGUUUUCUAAUGAAAAUCCAUUACGAAGAGCGAAUGUCCGGCGUUUUAACCGGCUUUAUUCGAAGAGACAAUUCUAUUGUACCACCAGGUAUCAAUGUUGUUAAUUUUGAUAAUUAUCCAACAAAAGAAUAUCAACGUAUGUGGAUAAGUAAAUAUUUAAAAGCUAAAAAUUAUUAUGAAAAAAAAUUCAAUCAACAAACGGAAAUUAUUCAUAAUGGAUAUUCCACUACUCCUAUAAUGAUCAAUUCACAUUCGAAUCAUAUGGAUCAAUAUCAUAAUAAUAGUAAUAAUAAUAAUAAUAAUAAUAAUAAUAAUAAUAAUAAUAAUAAUAAUAAUAAUUGUGAAAAUGAAAGUUUACUUGAGAAAUGGUUGAUUGAAGUGAAUAAUUUCGCUCUGUCGGCUCACUUGUUCUGGGGUGUUUGGGCAGUAAUAUUAUCGGUUCAAGAACAGACGAAAUUCGAUUAUUUAUCAUAUGGUAUCUCUCGUAUCAAUCAGUAUUACGCAAUGAAAAAUCAUCUUCUUACAAUGAAUUCAUAA